CGCGCCGGGCAGGGGAGAGCCGGGGAGAACCAUAGAGAGCGGCGGCUAGAGCGGCCCCCCCGCGCUUCCGCUUCCUCCUUCUCUUCCUCCCCCCUCCCCGCGCGCGCCGUUGCUAUGGAGACGCAAGAUGGCGGCCGCGGGUGCCAGCUGUAGGGAGCGGCGAUGCUGAGCCCCCGAUGCUGAGCCCCUGGCACCACACCAUGAGCUGCCUGCACCGCUGGGGAUGCCGGGGCUGAGGGCUCCAGCCCCCCGGGAAGGAAGAUGCUCCAGACCAGCAAUUACAGCCUGGUGCUGUUCCUGCAGUUUCUGCUGCUGUUCUACGACCUGUUUGUCAACUCCUUCUCGGAGCUGCUCCGCACAGCCCCUGCUGUCCAGCUCAUCCUCUUUAUCAUCCAGGACAUCGCCAUUCUCUUCAACGUCAUCAUUAUCUUCCUCAUGUUCUUCAACACCUUCGUCUUCCAGGCCGGGCUGGUCAACCUCCUCUUCCACAAGUUCAAGGGGACCAUCCUGCUGUCCGCAGCCUACCUGGCGCUCAGCAUUUCCUUCCACGUCUGGGUCAUGAACCUGCGGUGGAGGGACUCCAGCCGCUUCGUCUGGACCGAGGGCCUGCAGACGCUUUUUGUUUUCCAGCGGCUGGCGGCCGUGCUCUACUGCUACUUCUACAAGCGGACGGCGGUGCACCUGGGCGACCCCCUCUUCUACCAGGACUCGCUCUGGCUGCGCAAGGAGUUUGCUCACUUCCGCGGCUGACGGCGCCGCUCCAGCUUGCCCCUCUGCAACUCCUCUCCCCGAGGGACGGAUCCCAGAGGCCGGGGGAGCUGGGCCGGGCCCCUCAGCGGUGCUCUUUGUGCUUCCAGCGUCCAGGCCCGCUGCUGGCGCUGGCGCGGCUCAUGCAGACGGCAGGGAUCAGCAGGAUGCUGGUGUGUCCUGGUCUGCCUCUGCGUCACAGCCCCUGGUGGGACUUGGGUGUUUUUGUGGGUAGUAAAGGAAUAAACUCGCUGUGUUUUCCA